UCACAUUCACUUCUGAAAGAAAGUUUAGUUGGCAAGGAAAGAAUGGGGCGGACAGCAAGCAAAAGGCGAGCUAGGGACAUUGAUGAUGUUGAGAAUCUUAACAAGGCUUUCGAGCAAGUAUUUACUCUCGAUGAUAAUGGGUCUGAAGGAAAAAUUUCAGGCAGAAACAAUGGGGUUGGGAUAAUUGGCAAGGAACAAACGUCUAGUGUUUGCUCGCGAAUCGAUGUAUCAAGCAGGAGUGAAAGGACUUCAUCUACUACUAAGAAAAGGCGAAAUAGAAGAAGAAAAAAAUUAAGAGAAAGAAUCAUGGAGCAACAAGUUCCAUCCAAGAAUCAACAACUAACAUCACAUAUAAUCUUCUUAAGAAGAAAACUGGGAUUGGCAUCCAUAGCUCCACCUCCAAGUAAAAAACUAGACAUCAAUAAACAAGCAUCAUUUGUGAAGAUCUUCCAUAACAAAUUAGAAUCAAUUGACUCUAGUUCUACGGGGGCUGACGUUAUGAGGAGAUUAGGUCUUCCACUUCCAGCUACAAAGCAAGACUCAAAAACGUCAGUGAGCUGCCGAGGAGAAGCAGAGAAGUAUAAAGAGAUUCUUGCAAUUGAAGCUUUAAACUGGUUAGCAGCUCAACCUCUUCAGAAGAAGCAAAGAUCAUUAUUAAUCCCAGGCAGUGAGCAGUCGACAGCGAAACUGACUUCUACUUUGGACACAGAGUUCAGCAGAUUACAUGUCUGAAGAUAUGAGGGUGUGUGUUUGUCUCUACAGUAUUUUGAUUUGUUAUUAGUACUGAUAGGUUUUGAUCUGUACUUCAGUGUAAUCGCGCAAUAGUUAGUUUGUCAGAAGUAGAAGCUGACAUCUCAGAUCUCAAAAUGAGUUUUUGACAUUUGAAGAAUAAAGUUUAAUCUUUAACAGAGCUUGUUGUUACAGACAUACCAAAAAAAAAAAAGCUUGUUUA